AUGUGUGAAAGUUCCAGGAAAAACCCUUGUGCAAUUUCAUCUCAACAAGCCAAAAUGAUCAGGGAUGCAAUAGUUUCUGCAAUUAUUUCCCAUCCAAGUCGUGUCAUGGCUAUUAGUGCUUCUUAUGGUGGUGACUUUAAGGAAGAAAGUUAUAUGGCUGUUGCUGCAUUUUCUAGUGAUGCUUCUAUAUUGGUUGUUGCUGCGAUAACUAUCAUCAUAUUGUGGGACCUUGAGAAAAACAUACUCGUGGUUGUAAUUGGGUCUUCUCUUAGAGUGGAUACAAACAUCUUGUUCCAAAUUUCUUGCAUCUACAUCACGAGCUGGUUCAAAUCCACAACUUUCCGUUUGGAGUAUGUCAAAGUUGGCGUUAUCCUGGUUAUACAAGCUUCAUAUAGAAGAGAGGCUUCCAAAGAUGAAGAAAGCUCCUACUUGAGGAUACUUUUGGACAGUAGAGAUGUGUCAAGGUAA